AGACCCCCAGAGACAGACUGAGACAGACUGAGAGUCCUCUAGACGGCCCUAGUCAGUUAGUUAGUUAGUUAGUUAUUAGUUAGUUAGUUAGUGUGAUAAACUCCAUUAAACUACCUGGUUUACAGAAGAACAAGGAGGAUCCUGAAGGUGAGCUCACCUGUCAUCAUCAUGGCCCAGGAGACCAAUCAGAGCCCGGUUCCUAUGCUCUGUGCUAACGGCUGUGGUUUCUAUGGCAACCCCAGGACCAAUGGCAUGUGCUCUGUGUGCCACAAGGAGCACCUGUCCAGACAGAACAAUGGAGGAGUCAGCACUCUGAGUGCUGUGGCCAGGAGCCCCUCCCCCUCCCCCGAGGCCAUCCAGAGGUUAGAGGUCAGCCUGAAUAACGCCGCUGCUGCCGCCGCCGCCAGCCACCAAGCUCUCAGUGGCAUCUCCAAGUCAGUAACUCAGCAGAUGACUGAGAUGAGUCUGUCCUGUGAGGAGGAAGGAGCUUCAGCCAGCAGAGAGGAGGAGGAGGAGGAGGAGCUCUCACAGCCAGUGUUGACCCAGCCCACCUCCUCAGCCUCUCGUCCCUCCACUGCUGGCGGUGAAGAGUCCAGGACCCCCGAAGCCCCAAAACCCAAGAAGAACCGCUGCUUCAUGUGCCGUAAGAAGGUCGGCCUGACAGGUUUCGAGUGCCGCUGUGGGAGCCUGUUUUGUGGACUCCACCGUUACUCGGACCAACAUAACUGUCCGUACGACUACAGAGCUGAAGCUGCUGAUAAGAUCCGUAAAGAAAACCCGCUGGUGGUCGCCGACAAGAUCCAGAGAAUAUGAAGAGACUGUUGAACACUGGGAGCCUUUAAAGGAAGAAGAACAGAAAGGACUCGAGGCUCCUGAAGGACCUGAAGGACCUGUUAACCUUCGUUUGUUACACGUUCAGGACUUCCUGCUGCAUGAACGUUUUAUUUCAGCUUUUAUUCUAGUUUCUGUGAUUUAACAGGUUGUGAGGAAGCAGAAGAGACGAUGAAGAUGAUGAAGAUGUUUUAGUAGAAGAUGCUGCAGGCUGCUGCUGACCCUCCACAGUGACCUUUGACCCCUUAGAGCUGGACGUCCUGCUUCUGACCCUCCACAUGACCUUUGACCCCUUAGAGCUGGACGUCCUGCUUCUGACCCUCCACGGUGACCUUUGACCCCUUAGAGCUGGACGUCCUGCUUCUGGCCCUCCA